GUCUCUAUCUUUGUUUUUAUAUGCAUAUGUAGUAUAUACCGGAAUGCUGUGCAACAUGCAGUUUGCCACUAAUUUUAUAGUUUGAACUUUUACUUUCACUUUUGCUUAUAUCCAUACGCGUGGAUACCGCGAACUGUAGUGCAAGGUGAAAUAACGUUUUCGUGAUUGUUAACUCGAUAAUUUUUUUCACACUUGGUGUUUUUUGAUGCUUCGUCUAUAUAAUACCAUCACCAUCAAUAGUAAUGUCCAUUGUGUCAAACAUAAAAGUAAAUUUAGAGACUCAAAUUGUCGAACUCGAAGCCCUACAAUCAGUUUACCCCGAAGAAUUAUCGAUAUGUGACCAUGGAAAUUUGGCUGACAUCAAUGAUUACAUUGCUGGAAAGAUUCAAGAAGUUCCGCAAAGGCUAGAAUAUGAUAUAAAAGUUUCAACUUCAAAGGGUACUGUUGAACUGCUUGUGAACCUUCCGUUGGACUAUCCAAAUGUUUAUCCAGAAAUUUACUGCAGAAGCUCAGUUCUGGACAGAAAUGAACAAAUGCAGUUAAACAGAGCACUGCAGUCUUUUACUCAAUCUCAAGAAAAAGAUGAGCCGAUUAUCUACUCUUUGAUUUCUUGGAUCCAAGACAAUGCAGAAACUUACCUGGAGAGCUCCAGCCAGAAUGGAAAAAACACAAGAACUUUGGCUCACAGUGGUAGCAUCAAAAAGAGCAUUGACUUUGCCAGAUACUGGAUUUACAGCCAUCACAUCUACAGUAAGAUCAAGAGAAAACAUAUUGUUGAUCUAGCAAAGGAUUGUAACUUGACUGGUUUUAGUUUUGUUGGGAGACCAGGUAUCAUUUGUUUCGAGGGUGCAUUCGAUGACUGUGAAUAUUGUUGGCAGCAAAUCAAAGCGAUGAACUGGCAACGUAUACUUGUAAAAUUCUUAGAAAAAGAAUUUGAGCCUGUAGAUGACCUUGAUACAUAUAGAAAAUUUUCUGAUUUUCAUGAGAUGUGCUUUCCUACUUUGGAUCGUCAUAAUGACAUGGGUCUAUUAAAAAAGUAUCUAACAGAACAUUGCUUGGAUUAUGCAUUUAAAGAGCUCUUUGGUAUUGAGGACAAAAGUGCUCAACUUGACGACAAAUCUUAAUCUCUAUUUUUAACGUUUUUAAAUUGUACAUAAAAAA